UCACUGUGUGGAGUAGUAGUGUUAGCAUCGUCAGAGGGGCAGGAUUUGUUUAUAUUGUUUAUAAAAUUGUAAUAAUGACCGAAAUGAGGAAGGACGAUGUUGUAAAAAUUCUUCACACCUAUCCGUUUUGUAGAAAAUGUGAUAUGACCGAUGAGAUGAAACAAGAGGCAAUGGAGUUAUGUGUGACUGCAGCAGAGAAAUAUGCAGACAACUAUGAGAGCGUGUCUCGAAUGAUCAAGGAGACAAUGGAUAAAAAAUUUGGCGCGUCAUGGCACACUGUUGUUGGAGAAGGCUAUGGCUUUGAAAUAACUUAUCAAUUGAAGCAUCUUCUAUACAUGUACUGUGCCGGCAAUCUGGCAAUAUGCAUAUGGAAAUCCGCAUAAUGCAUUUUUGCAAUUUGUAAUUUAUUUAACAUAUUUAUGUAUUUAUAUAUUUAUAUUUGAUUGUCGUGUAAAAAGAACUUUCAUGUAAAUGUGUGUGUAAAAAAGAUAUGUAACCAGUUAUAAGAGAAAAAAAUGUUUUUAAUAUCUCAUAAGUGUGGGUCCAAUUUGUGUAUGAGUCACAGAUGCUUUAUACUUUUACACUAUACUUACAUUAUUACAAUUAAACACACAUGGACUUUUUAACACUAAUGUAGAUUAACUUUAAUCAUGGUUUAACUUAUUUUUCUGUCUCUUUCUAGUUCUCAGAAUCAGAAAAAAAUAGAAAGUAAAUUAAACUGAGUUUAAAGCAUUGAUACCAAUGGCUUUUACAUAUUAGAAACAAAACUAAUUAUUAUAAUUUGAUUUAGAUGUAUAAAAUGUAACAAUUAAUAGAAAUAUCUUCUGGAUAACUGAACUAUUUGUUAUUUUGGGAGCAAUUUAUUGUAUAAGAAUAUGUAAGUAAGGUAGUAUAUAAUAAUAUGUAAGAACACUAAAAUGUACUUCUUUGUAAGUAAAGAUCAAUGUAUAAUAUAUAUUUAGAAAAUUUAUAUA